AUGGCCGAGGGCGAUUUAAAGGAAUCUACCAUAGCUGUAGUCGCUCCUGAUCAGAAACCCAUUAAUCUUCAAUCAAGUAUUUUACAAAAGAAAAAAAGCAAUUUUGAAAUUACCAGCAUCAGAUCUACCAAAAGUGAAAUUGUCAAUAUUAGUGUAGUUGACGAUGAGUUGGAAGAUAGUGAAGUAUACGAUAAUAACGAUAGUACAUUAACUAUAAACGAUAAUGCUUUAUUGCCUAUUGAAGAACAACAAGAGAAAGUCGAGGCAACAACAAAUGGCCACAAUGUUCCUCCGACUUCUCGCUUUCGUGUAAUUAUUGAUGUUAGGAAUAAGACUUUCAAGCGCGGGCGCUGGAAUUGUCGUGAUUAUCUAGAAAGAAGACAGGAAAUUAUUAAAUCAGAUGCUGGCAGUGACACUACCGUGGAUGAUGGCAUCAAUAAUUUGGAUGAAAGCAACAAUAAGCAUCAACAGCAACCAUCUCAACAGCGGCAGCCACAACAACCUUCAAUAACAUUACCGUCUCCUGUGGUCCCCCAGCCGUCACAAAACAUUAAUAAUACUGACGAUAUACAGCAGCAGCCUGUUAAUCCUAGUAUACCUGAUGCUGAUUUAAUUGUACCUAACGAUACAAUGCAACAAAAUGCGCUUCAGUACACUGAUCAGACAUUACGCGAACUGAAUGAGGUUGGAUCAUCAGUACAGGUGCAAGCUCAACAUUCACAACCAACAAUGCAACAAUUAGAUCAAUUACCACAAAACGAAUCUCAACAACAGCCUAUCGUUCAAGAAAAUGAAAUACUUACUGUCAUUGGGAAUGCAAAUAUACCUAACGAUACAAAUAAUAUCGUUGAAAGCAAUGAAGAUGUCAGUGUGUAUGUUAAUAACGAUGUUACAAAUGUCAAUAAUACCGUUUCUCAAGCAUCAGGAAUUUCUAACAGCGGUAGUGAUGUAAUGACCAAUAUUGGAAUAGAAGGUAUUCAAGAAGAAGAAUUAAAUGAUAUGGUGCUUAAUCAGAUAUCGCCUACAGAGAGUAAUGCUACUACCAACACUACUUCGACAGAGAACUUUGGCUACCCAAACAUGUCUCAAGCUGUUGACAGCAAUUAUACUCCUAUUUUAACCGAGAAUGGUGCCCCUAUUAAUAAUGCUCCAACUAGUAAUAUUACAGGAAAUUAUUUACCGCCACCUUUACAGGAGAACAAUUUUCCCGUUGGUAAUCUGAGUAAUCCCACACAAUCUAUUCAGGACAAUCAAUUUUCAACUGGUGUUGCCAACAGCGCUAUUCUUGGCCCUCAACACAGCUUCCAGCAUAACGAAUGCAAUGAAAUGACUAACAGAUUCAUGGAUGGCAUUACUGAUAUGCUAAGGCGAGAGGUGCAUCGACAUUGUAGCCAUUUAAUUCAUUCAAACGCUAAAUUAGAGGAGGAAAAUGCUCAAUUACAUCGAUUAGAGGAGGAAAAUGCUCAAUUACAUGGAUUAAAGGAGGAAAAUGCUCAAUUAUAUCGAUUAAAGGAGGAAAAUACUCAAUUACAUCGAUUAAAGGAGGAAAAUGCUCAAUUACACCUAUUAAUGGAAGAAAAUGCUCAUCUAAAGCAAGAAAUAGAACGAUUAAAAGCAAUCCUUCAACAAUCCGUUCCAAAAUAG